AUGGCCAUGAAUCCUCUCUCCCAGGAGCACCCCAAUGCAUGGCCAUGGGGCGUGGCCAUGUACACGAACCUGCACUACCAGCAGUACCACUACGAGAAGGAGCACCUGUUUGAGAAGGCCCUCACGCCCAGCGAUGUAGGCAAGCUCAACAGGCUGGUGAUCCCCAAGCAGCACGCCGAGAGAUGCUUCCCUCUUGGCGGCGACUCUGGGGAGAAGGGCCUGCUCCUGUCCUUCGACGACGAGGCCGGCAAGCCAUGGCGGUUCCGGUACUCGUACUGGACGAGCAGCCAGAGCUACGUGCUCACCAAGGGCUGGAGCCGGUACGUCAAGGAGAAGCAUCUGGAAGCCGGUGACGUCGUGCACUUUGAGAGGGUGCGCGGUCUCGGCACCGGCGACCGACUCUUCAUCGGCUGCAGGCGUCGCGGCGACGUUGGUGCAUCAACGGCAGUGGCACCACCGCCUGCCGUGCGUGUUGUGCCGGCGUCUGGUCAGAGUCCCAGGGAGCAGCAGCAGCACCAGCAGCCAUGGAGCCCGAUGUGCUACAGCACAUCCACCUCAUACCCUACUAGCCCGGCCACCUCCCACGCCUACCGUCGCUCAGCAGAGCACGAUCACAGCGACAUGCAUCAUGCAGGAGAAUCCCAGUGGGACGCGGACACAAGGAGCUGCAGCCCAGCCUCGGCACCGACACGCCAGCUCAGGCUGUUCGGCGUGAACCUCGACUGCGGGCCAGAGCCAGAGGCAGAAGCCGCCCCCGCGACGCCGGCGAUGUACGGCUACGUGCACCAGAGCCCCUACGCCGCCGUGUCUCCAGUUCCCAGCAACUGGGGCAGUUCAUGAAGAAGAUGACGAGGAGAUCUGAUGCCAUGCCUUUCUUUGCAUGAGCUGAACAAGUGGAACAAGUUUACUACCACCACCACCAGGCUACUACUGCUGCUAUGCACCAAGUGACAGGUUUGAAUUGACCCGUGGAAGGAAAAGAGAGGAAGUGGGGAGAUCCCUUGUUCCCCAGUCAAUCUUCCAUCCACCCAUCCAUCCAUCCAUUCAUCGCCCCUUUUCUUUUUCUUGUUUUCUCCCCUUUUUGUCUUCCAGAAACACCAUUUGAUGUACGGCGGCAGGCAUGGGUGAGGGGAGGAUUCAGGAAAAAGAGAGGGGGAGAGAGAGCUAGACAGAGAGACAGACUUGUGUAUGUAUGUGUCAUGUCUGUGAGUGAGUGCUUCAGUGGGGGCCAAGAAGAACCUCUGAAGCUGAUGUAUCCUCUCCUGCCUGCUCAAGAAACAUCCCCAUGGGGAUUUUGUUCUCUCCCCUCUCUCUUUUAUGUACAGUUCUACUGUUGUAGAGCUCAUGCAAUCAAUUGGUGGUGGUGUAACUGCUUUCACUUUUGCAAUCAAUAGGCUCAAUGCUUUCACUCCCA